CAUCUGGAAUUAUUUUCCACCUAUUUUUAAUUAAAAACCCUUAAAUUAUUGCCUCAAACAGUUGCUUGUUUGUUCAUGUUAAAAUUCAACACGUUGAAUGAUUCCUAAUGAAUACUUGAAAAUUUUUCCAACCGCACAACCACAAGCCAAGUCAUAAAUUUUUUUUCCGCUGGUCUGAUAAUUAUCGAAAUAAUAAACCACCAAAUGCUUCUCACCAAUACUCUGUUCAUACAUUUAAUGCAACCCAGUUGUUAGACUGCGUCAAUUCAGACCAGAUUUUUAGUUAUUAUAAUAUAUUUUGAUUUUUUGGUUGGCCAUGGACCAAUGUAAGACAACUCCAGUUCAUUUUCUUGAACGUUUACUUGGUGUUUUUAAGUUAAAAAAUAGAUUAUUGACUUUGUAACCUCCAACGUGCAAGCGAUCUUCUGUAUUUCUUCCGGGAUGAGACAAAGCUUUGGUUGCCAAUUAAUAUGAACCAACAUGCUUUAUAACUCUGUUUUGUCAAAUUUGUGGCUUUCCAUCAGCUGUUUUAGAGAAUUAUAUCAUAUGGGUUUUGUGUUUUCUGCAAGUUUAGAAACUGAGAGGACAAGAAAAGUUGUAAAGCUUCUUCAAGUUUGAAGCUUGUAUUUAUUUGUUUCUUCAGAAAUGGGUCUAAAAUUUCAAGUGUUUGUGCUGUGUCUUUCAAUCCAAUUUUUAAUCAUAGCAGCAACAACUAACUCAGAUGAUGCUGCUGCUCUAUCGUCUCUCAAGGAUAUCUGGCAGAAUUUUCCACCUAAUUGGAAGGGCUCAGAUCCUUGUGGUGGAAAUUGGGAUGGAAUUCAGUGCAGCAAGUCUCGUGUGAUUUCUAUAACAUUAUCAGGCAUUGGAUUGUCGGGUACUCUAUCCGGAGACAUAACAACUUUAUCAGAAUUACAAACUCUGGAUUUAUCCUACAACCAGGAUCUGACCGGACCCCUUCCAUCAACAAUCGGGAAUUUGAAGAAGCUAACAAACUUAAUCUUGGUAGGUUGCGGUUUUUCUGGGCCAAUUCCCAACUCAAUUGGAUCUCUAUCCAAGCUUGUCUUUCUAUCUCUAAAUUCUAAUAGUUUUAGUGGACCAAUUCCGCCUACUAUCGGUAACCUGGCCGAACUUUAUUGGCUUGAUCUCGCUGAUAACAAACUUACUGGGACAGUCCCAGUCUCUAGUGGAAAUUCACCUGGCCUGGAUAUGCUAGUUGGUACCAAGCACUUUCAUUUUGGAAUGAAUCAACUGUCAGGCACCAUCCCGGAACAACUUUUCAGCUCAAACAUGUCUCUGUUACAUGUGCUAUUUGACAGCAACAACCUCAAUGGUAGUCUUCCUACAUCCCUUGGACUUGUGCAAACUCUGGAGGUGGUACGCUUUGAUAGAAAUCAAUUGAGUGGAUCUGUUCCUGCAAACCUCAACAAUCUUUCAAAUAUUAAUGAGCUGUUUUUGUCCAACAAUAGACUGACUGGUCCCAUGCCUAACCUUUCUGGCUUGAAUGCCCUCAGCUACUUGGACAUGAGUAAUAACAGUUUUGAUUCAUCCACUUUUCCUACAUGGCUUUUGACAAUGCAAUUGUUAACAACAUUAACGAUGGACAGUACUCAACUGCAAGGUGAAGUUCCUACUGAAUUUUUCAGCCUUCCCUCUUUACAGACAGUGGUAAUGAGAAACAACCAGCUUAAUGGCACCUUGAACAUUGGCAGCAGCCACAGCACCCAGCUGGAAUUAAUUGAUUUAACAGGAAAUCAAAUUGAUAGUUUCACGGAAACAACAGGAGCAGAAAAUGUUGAGUUCAUACUUGCAAGUAACCCGAUUUGUGAGGAGUCAGGUGCAACAAGAGAUUACUGCUCACCCGACCAAGAGAAUUCCAACUAUUCAACACCAUACAACAAUUGUAUUUCCAGUCCCUGCCCUUCAGAUCAGAUUUCUAGCCCCAACUGUCACUGUGCUCACCCAUAUAAAGGAACUCUAGUCUUCAGAGCUCUCUCCUUUUCAGGCUUGAAUAACUACACUUACUUUACAAGUCUUGUGGAAUCUAUGAUACGAGCAUUCCAGUCUUAUCAACUUCCUGUGGAUUCAAUUUCUUUGAGUAACCCACACUGGGAUUCAAAUGAGUACCUCAAUUUGAAUCUCCAAGUAUUUCCUCCAUCUGGUGAGGAUAGUUUCAAUCUAACAGGAAUUUAUAGUCUUGGAUUUGUCCUUAGCAACCAGACUUACAAACCUCCAAGUGAUUUUGGACCAUACUAUUUUAUUGCUGGGCAGUAUCAGCACUUUGCUGGAGAAUCGGGAUCAAAUAAGUCGACAAACAUUGGCAUUAUCAUUGGAGCAGCAGCUGGUGGUUGUGUCCUUCUGUUACUAUUAAUCUUUGCUGGGGUUUAUGCACAGCGUCAAAAGAAGAUAGCACAAAAAGCAUACGAACAGAACCCUUUUGGACACUGGGAGCAAAACAAGAGCAGUGGUAGUAUUCCUCAACUGAAAGCCGCAAGAUGCUUCUCCUUUGAAGAGGUCAACAAAUGCACAAAUCAUUUUUCAGAAACCAACAGCAUCGGAUCUGGCGGUUAUGGAAAGGUUUAUAGAGGAACUCUUCCCACUGGAGAACUGGUUGCCAUUAAACGAGCUCGACAAGGAUCUAUGCAAGGUGGACAUGAAUUCAAAACAGAGAUUGAACUUCUAUCUAGAGUGCAUCAUAAAAAUCUUGUUGGCCUUUAUGGAUUCUGCUUUGAACAAGGUGAACAAAUGCUAAUAUAUGAGUACAUUCCAAAUGGUUCUCUGAGUGAUACUUUAUCAGGAAAGACUGGAAUCAAAAUGGAUUGGUUAAGAAGACUUAAAAUAACACUUGGAGCAGCCAGAGGCCUAGCCUAUCUGCAUGAGCUUGCGAACCCUCCAAUCAUACACAGGGAUAUCAAAUCAACAAACAUAUUACUAGAUGAUUGCUUAAAUGCAAAGGUUGCUGAUUUUGGUCUUUCUAGAGCUAUGAUUGAGACUGGGAAGGAUCAUGUCUCUACUCAAGUUAAGGGGACGAUAGGUUACUUGGAUCCUGAAUAUUACAUGACACAACAGUUGACUGAAAAGAGUGAUGUUUAUAGCUUUGGAGUGCUGAUGUUGGAGCUAAUAACUGCAAGAAGGCCAAUAGAGCGAGGCAAGUACAUUGUGAGAGAGAUAAAGACUGCAAUUGAUAAGAAAAAAGAUCUGUAUAACCUAUAUGAACUUCUUGACCCAACCAUUGGUUUGGGUACAACACUGAAAGGUUUUGGAAAGUAUGUGGACGUGGCAAUGAGCUGUGUUCAAGAAUCAGGAGCUGAUAGGCCUACAAUGAGUGAAGUGGUGAAGGAGAUUGAGAAUAUUUUGCAGAUUGCUGGUCUAAAUCCGAAAGCAGAAUCAGCAUCCACAUCAGCAAGUUAUGACAAUGCAAGUAAAGAUUCUUUAAAGCACCCUUACGACAAUGUUGAUGAGGCUUUCGAUUACAGUGGUAGCUUUCCGUCUUCAAAUGUAAAGCCUCAUUGAGUAUCACUUAAGUUUUGAAUGUUGAACUUGGUAAGAAAUAGAUAUUCCCAUGUUUGGUAUUUGCCGUGGGUAGAGGAUGCAAAUUGGUUUGGAUGAACACUGUUGUUUGUACUAAUGACUAGAAAUGCAGCUUGUGAUCUUUCAUUGUGAAUAUAGGACAGAAAAACUGUUUACAAGAAAA